UACUCGGUCGCUUUGUUUAGUGACGGUCUGAAACUUCGAAAUAACACUCACUCAACACCUCACACACAAUAUUCAUUAUUGCAAUCAAUUCCCUUUAUAAAUACAACGAAAAACAUGCUACCAAUACAGAGGACUUUGCUUCAACCCUUAACGAAAGGAUUGAGGAACUAUUCGAACGUAGCUCCAACAACCAAACUCUUCAUCGAUGGACAAUUCGUCGAAUCAAAAACAUCCGAUUGGGUGGACCUGCACAACCCAGCAACCAACGAAGUAGUUACCAGGGUUCCUUUGACUACUAACGAAGAAAUGGAGGCAGCUGUUGAAUCCUGCAAGAGAGCCUACGAAUCCUGGAGCAAAACCACAGUAUUGACCAGACAACAGUAUAUGCUCAAACUGCAAGCUUUAAUCAGGAGGGACCUCAAGAAGAUCGCUGACAACAUAACAACGGAACAAGGGAAGACUCUGAUAGAUGCCGAAGGAGAUGUUAUGAGGGGGAUACAGGUGGUAGACCAUAGCUGCGCAGCUGGAACUCUUUUACAAGGGGAGUCCUUACAAAACAUAGCCAAGGAUAUGGAUAUAGUUUCCCACAAAUGCCCCUUAGGCGUAACUGCCGGAAUAUGCCCCUUCAACUUCCCCGCCAUGGUUCCCCUUUGGAUGUUCCCCCUAGCGCUCAUUGCUGGAAACACAAUGCUCGUCAAACCCUCCGAGAGAGAUCCUGGAGCUACCAUAAUGCUGAUGGAACUUCUGAACGAAGCCGGAGUUCCCCCUGGCGUUGUAAAUGUGAUUCAUGGUACCCACGAUUCGGUCAACUUCAUAUGCGACCAUAAGGACAUCAAAGCCAUAAGCUUUGUUGGCUCCGACAAGGCUGGAAAAUACAUAUACGAACGAGGUGCGAGGAAUGGAAAGCGGGUGCAGUCCAAUAUGGGCGCUAAAAAUCACGCUAUAGUCAUGCCUGACGCUGAUAAAGAAGCCACCAUUAAUCAGAUCAUCGGUGCUUCUAUGGGAGCUGCUGGCCAGAGAUGCAUGGCCAUCAGUGUCUGCAUCCUGGUUGGAGAAAGCCAGAAAUGGAUCCCAGACUUGGUCAAGAAGGCUAAGGAAUUGAAGGUCAACGCCGGGCAUGAGCCUGGUACUGAUUUGGGACCUGUCAUAUCUCCUCAGGCGAAGCAGAGGAUUUUGGACCUCGUGGAAGCUGGAAUCAAGCAGGGUGCCAAGUGUGCCCUUGAUGGAAGAAACAUCAAGGUUGAAAAAUACCCCAAUGGCAACUUCGUAGGCCCUACAAUCCUCACAGAUGUCACCGUCGAUCAAGAUUGCUACAAAGAAGAAAUCUUCGGCCCUGUUCUUUCUGUAAUAUCAGCUAACACCUUGGAAGAUGCCAUAAACAUCAUCAACUCGAACCCAUAUGGUAAUGGUACGGCUAUAUUCACUUCCAACGGAAGUUCGGCCAGACAGUUCGUCAACGAUGUAGAUGCUGGACAGAUUGGGGUGAAUGUCCCCAUUCCAGUACCCUUGCCCAUGUUCAGUUUCACCGGGUCCAGAGGAAGCCAUCAUGGCGAUUUGCACUUUUAUGGAAAGCAAGGACUGAACUUCUACACCCAGACGAAGACUAUAACUUCUUUGUGGAGGAAAGGACAAGCAUCAACGAAAGCCUCAGUUUCUAUGCCUGUUCACAACUGAUUAAAUAUAGGUUAGGUUAGGUGGAUCAAGAAAAAAUGUCUUCCAUAUUAUUAUAUAUUAGAAAAAAUAUUUUUCUCUGAAUUGUCAUAUCGAAACUACCAAUAUUUCAUAUUCAAAAACUGCCGUUGGAAAGGAUAAAAUAAAUAUAUGAAAUGGA